CUGUGCCCACCCUGCCCGUCCUUCCCGUCCUUCCCCCCCCGCCCGGUGCAGCCCCGGUCUCAGGCGGUGCGUUGGCAGGCGGGGUCCUGCGGGACACCGGGAGCACGCGGCAGUGGCGGCGGGGCCAUGGGCGGGGUGGAGAAGAAGAAGUACGAGCGCGGCGCGGCCACCAACUACAUCACCCGCAACCGGGCCCGCAAGAAGCUGCAGCUCAGCCUCCCCGACUUCAGGCGCCUCUGCAUCCUGAAGGGGAUUUACCCCCAUGAGCCCAAGCACAAGAAGAAAGUGAACAAAGGCUCCACAGCCCCCAGGACCUUUUACCUCCUCAAGGACAUCAAAUUCCUCCUCCACGAGCCCAUCGUCAACAAAUUCCGGGAAUAUAAGGUGUUUGUCCGGAAGCUCCGGAAGGCGUAUGGGAAGAGUGAGUGGAGCACUGUUGACCGUCUGAAGGACAACAAACCCACCUACAAGCUCGACCACAUCGUGAAAGAGAGGUACCCCACGUUCAUCGAUGCCCUACGGGACCUGGAUGAUGCCCUCUCCAUGUGCUUCCUCUUCUCCACCUUCCCACGGACGGGCAAGUGCCACGUCCAGACCAUCCAGCUCUGCCGGCGCCUGGCCCUGGAAUUCCUCAACUACAUCAUUGCCUCCCGCUCCCUGCGCAAGGUCUUCCUCUCCAUCAAGGGCAUCUACUACCAGGCAGAGGUGCUGGGGCAGACUGUCACCUGGAUCACUCCUUACACCUUUGCCCAUGAUCACCCCACAGACGUGGAUUACCGUGUGAUGGCCACGUUCACCGAGUUCUACACCACCCUCCUGGGCUUCGUCAACUUUCGCCUCUACCAGUCCCUCAACCUGCUCUACCCCCCCAAGCUCGAGGUCCAGGCUGAUGCUGAGCUGAAGCCAGCGGAGGGCAAGGAAUAUGCCAUGGAUUCAGAGAGCUACCUGGAGAAACUGUCAGCUCUGAGUGCCAGCCUAGCCCGGGUGGUGCCACCAACUCACGAGGACGAGGUUGAGAUAGAUGAGUUCCCAGUGGAGGGGGAGGUAGCAGAGCAGAUGGAUGAAAGGAAGAAGGAGCAGGAGGCCCUGGAGAAGCACAAGAAGCUCUUUGAAGGGCUUCGCUUCUUCCUCAACAGGGAGGUGCCUCGGGAGCCAUUGGCCUUUGUCAUCAGGUGCUUUGGUGGCCAGGUCUCCUGGGACAAGUCACUGUGCAUCGGGGCCACCUACGAUGUCACUGACCCCUCCAUCACCCACCAGAUUGUCGACCGACCCCGGGUGCAGCAGCAGGUUGUGGGCAGGUACUACCUGCAGCCUCAGUGGGUCUUUGACUCCGUCAAUGCCAAGCUCUGCCUCCCCGUGGCUGACUAUUUCCCUGGUGUCCUGCUGCCACCCCACCUCUCACCCUUUGUGACAGAGCAGGAAGGGGACUACAUCCCCCCUGAGAAGCUGAAGCUGCUGGCAAUGCAGAGGGGAGAGAACCCUGGUGAAGAGAGUGAGGAGGAAGAGGAGGAAGAAGAGGAGGAGGAGGAUGACAAUGACAAGGAAGAGGAGGAGGAGGAUGAGUCUGAAAAAGAAGAGGAGAUGAAAUUAAAGAAGAUGGAAGAGCAGAAGACCCAGAGCAAUAAGGCCCUUCCCGUGAAGGUGACAGCUGGCAAGCUGAGGCUGGAGGACAAGGAACGCCUGGAGCAGGAGCAGCAAAGCGAGGAGAAACGUCUGGCAAUCAUGAUGAUGAAGAAAAGGGAGAAAUACCUCUACAAGAAGAUCAUGUUUGGCAAGAAACGCAAAGUCCGAGAGGCCAACAAACUGGCUGCCAAGAGGAAAGCCCACGACAGUGCUGUCAAAGAGGAGAAAAAGAAAAGCAAGAAGGCACGACGAGCGUGACGGGGGCCGGGGUACCCCGUGGGGGCUGGCUGCACCCUGCCCACACCAUCCUGCUUGGCUGAAAACCCCUCAGCUUUUGUCUUGGGACAGAAAAAUGAAAUUGAUAAAUUUCCCCUCUGUAAAUACACUUCCAGCUGUGCCUUUCCCUGCCUUCCUCCCAGCCACCCACCCUGGGAUCAGUGUCACAGGGACUGUCCCCUUGGCUGAUGCCACGUCUGCUCUGCAGGAGGAUGUCAGAAAGAGCUCUGGGUUCUUGGAGGUCCCUCUGGGAUCUCUCCUUUUGGGUUUGCAUGGUUUUGGGCAGAGGGGCUCAGUCCCCAUGACAGAGCACAGGAGGUCCCUGGCUCAAUGGGACGUGUUUUGGAGGCAUGGACCACCAUGGUGUCCCCACUGUGGUGGAGAGGGACCCAUGGCAACUGGGGAGCCCAUCCUCUGCUCAACCCUCCCCAUGGACCCUGCUUCUCUGUGAAGUUUAUUUGUAAUUAAAGGUGACAUUUCUGGGGACACGUGGCUGUUCCCUUCCAGA